AUGCCGUGCGCGCGGGCCGAGGACGCGCUCCCCUCCGCCGCCGCCGACAUGGUCUCCGCCGCCCUGAUCCAGAAGGCGGCCGGCGGCGGCGCCCGGAGGCCCGCCGAGCCAGGCCGCGCGCUGCAGCGCACGCCGCACGUGUCCGCGGGGGACGUCGACGCGCCGGCGCCGGCGGCCAGCUGCUCCGGGGAUGAUGGCAAGGGCAACCGCGGCGGGAGGAGAGAGGAGAGCCGCAGGGGCAGGACGCGGAGCUACCGCUCGGAGCUCGAGCAGGAAGUCAAGAAACUGCAGAGGCAGCUCGAGAAAGAGAUCGAGCUGCACGUGGCGCUGGCGGAGGCCGUCACGCAGAAUGCGCCGCCGCCUGCAUUGAAUUCUUCUGCCAAGAUCCCACCUGAGACACAGGAGCUACUAGUUAACAUUGCCUCCCUGGAGGGUGCCGUUUCGAACCUCGAAAAGGAGUUAAAUGAUCUGUAUUACCAGCUUUGUCAUGAAAGGAAUGAACGGCUACUUGCCCAAAAUAACCCAGGAGGCUUGCCAUCUGCGUCCUCAGAUGACCGCUCGCUGUCAACUUGCAUGUGUACAUGGGAAGAACACAUAUCAUCAUUGAGGGAUUUGAAGUUUGGAGGAUCCGAGUCAAUGAGAUCAAUGCAACAAGAUUUACUCACAGAACUUGAUUAUGACCAGGAUCUUGGAGAAGAAUCCGAAGAUAGACAAAUGGUUUCCCUAAAUAGGCUGCUCGAGAAACACCGAGAUGUCUCUUUGAAUGGACUGUUGGAAAAGCACCGGGACGAAGAGAUGCAAGGGUCAUGCUCGGUGGAAAAUCAAGGCAAAGAAGAUGAAAAGAUCGAUGAUUUAUCAUUUGAACAGUCCAUUCAAAAAUUAACUAGCAUGAAAGCAGGAAAUCUUUGGAACUAUCCAAAUCAGCUAUCAGAGGAGAUGGUGCGCUGCAUGAGAAACAUUUUCCUCCGUUUAUCUGAAUCCUCCAAGAUAUCUGCGAAGGCAUCUUCUGAUUGUUCAUCUUCCUCAGCGGAGCGUCUAUCUGGUUCUACACUGGCAUCCUUCUCAGAUUCAUCCAUAUUACCCUCAAUGCUACGGAGCUCUUCGGUUGACUCCUAUCACAAUGAUGAGAUGAUGAAUAAAGCCAGAAACUUUGACCCGUAUAAAGUUAAUGGAAAGGGAACCCGAAGAGACAUCGGAAACUACUGUUCAGCAGCUGAAGUAUCUUGGAUGUCGGUUGGAAAGGAGCAACUUGAAUAUGCAUCUGAAGCUCUAAAAAAGUUCAGAUUUCUCGUGGAGCAGCUAUCAAAAGUUAACCCUGAUUGUUUGAACUCUGAUGAGCGGCUAGCCUUUUGGAUUAACUUGUAUAAUGCGCUAAUAAUGCAUUCAUACCUCGCAUAUGGAGUUCCCCGGAAUGACAUCAAGCUUUUCUCUCUGAUGCAAAAGGCCUGUUACACAGUUGGUGGGCAGUCGUUCAGUGCAGCUGAAAUAGAGUUUGUGAUACUAAAGAUGAAGACUCCGGUGCAUCGGCCCCAACUUUCUUUGAUGUUGGCUCUUCAGAAGUUCAAAAUUUCUGAGGGGCACAAGAAGUAUUCGAUCGAUCAAGCUGAGCCCCUUCUGCUGUUUGGUCUGAGUUGUGGAAUGUUCUCUUCACCAGCUGUAAGAAUCUUCACGGCAGCAAAUGUCAGGAAUGAGCUUCUGGAGUCACUGAGAGACUACAUCCAAGCGUCUGUCGGCAUAAGUGACCGAGGGAAACUACUGAUCCCAAAGUUACUGCAGAGCUAUGCCAAGGGGGCCGUCGAAGACUCCCUGUUCACGGACUGGAUCUGCCAUCACCUCUCGCCUGAGCAAGUUGCAACCAUCCGAGAGUAUUCCUCUCAGAGGAGGCAGCGGCUUCUCGGGGCACGCAGUUUCACUGUGGUCGCGUUCGACUCGAAAUUCCGGUACCUGUUCUUGCCUGACAGCAGUGGCUCCCAGAAGCCACAACACAGAACAGGCUCCCUAGGCUGA